AUGGGAGACCUUACGCCAUGGCAGCUCCAUGCCCUGGUGCUGACCGAAAGAGUCAACUCCUGUGCCUCGAUAGUAUGCAUCCUUUUUGUUAUGGUGACCUAUCUUUGUGCACCGGGAUUCGAUAAACCAAUCAAUAGAUUGAUCUUCUUCGCCAGUUUUGGCAACUUGGGUUCAAACGUUGCAGCCAUUAUAUCAGAAGCCGGUCCCGAUUCAGGGAACGAUACGCCUCUCUGUCAGUUCCAAGCAUUUUUGGUUCAGAUGUUCCUUGGUGUUGACUGCUACUGGGCGCUUUUCAUGGCCAUCAAUGUCUACCUGAUUUUCUUCCGCGACUAUACGGUUGAGCGACUUCGAUCACUGGACAUCUUUUACCUUCUUCUCAGUUAUGGCUUGUCAUUUAUCCCUGCCCUGACCUUCAUCUUCAUUAAUACACCGAGUCGGGGACGCAUGUAUGGUGGGGCUAUUAUUUGGUGCUGGAUUACCACCGAAUGGGACUUUAUGCGUGUGGUCUUCCUUUACGGUAUUGUCUGGGUCGCCAUCGCGCUUGCCUUUAUUAUUUACGGAAUGACGAUCAAAGUUAUCUAUGAUCAGCGAGAACAUCUUGACGGGUACCUGAAUCCCCUCAACGAAAACCCGUUCGCCAACGUCACGACGGAAGUCAAGAUUACACACGAAGAGCGCCCGAUUGUGGACGAUGCCGGUCCUCAGGGAAUUUCGGACACUGUUGCCGCCGAACAAGACGUGUAUGCUGUGCAGGUAGAGGCGGAGCCAGCGAGGCCUGAAAACGUCCACCACAUCCCUGAAGCGCUGCGAUUACGCGAAAUCACUCGGCAGGCAGCCGAACGUGCGCAAAACCAGGAAGCAUGGAUUUACGCUCGUGUUGCCUUCCUAUUCUUCCUGGUCCUUCUCAUCACUUGGGUGCCAACCAGCGUCAACCGUGUCUAUGCCCUGGUUCUACCCAACUCUUUCAAUUUUCCAUUGAAUUAUGUUGCUUCGUUUGUCUUCCCUUUGCAGGCCUUUUGGAACGGGAUUGUGUAUAUUAUCACAUCUCAAUCAGCAGUUCGGAGACUGUCCCGCAACUUAUUCAUUGAGCCAUUUCGUUCUUCCACCCGGCAGUCGGCACGACAUGGCGGAAAGCAUGACAACCGCAACAUAUACCCAACGCGUGGGAAGCAACGUCUAAGGAGCUUUUCUAGCUGCAGUGACCAGGGGCAGGAUGACUUAGAGCUACGCAACGUUUCAAAACAUUGA